AUGAUAUUGUUGGACAAUGAGAUAACUUUGAACAAGGCGGUAAUCGAGGAAAGAGAGCAGGGAAUUCAGGAAAUCCUGCUGCAAAUUGGUGAGGUAAAUGAGAUCUUCAAAGAUUUUGAUGUGCUCUUCCAUGAUCAAGGAGCUAUGAUUGAUGAUAUUGGAACCAAUGUUGAGAAUGCUCAAGCAGCAACAGUACAAGCGAAAUCCCAUUUGGAAAAGGCAUCAAAGGCUCAGGGUUCAAAUUCAUCAUUGGUGCGUUGUCUUUUCACCGAUGAUGUUUCGUCCAGUGUUAUCUUAUCCAAAUGUUUUGGCAAUAGUUGGUCACUAUAUUGA